CCGCCUUGUUGACAGUUGAUGCUAACUCGGUGCUAGCAGCUGGAGCUAAACUGGAACCACGAUCAACGUUUCUGCGUUUUAAAUGAAAUAACACGUUAAACAGCGGACUUUAGGGGUCAUUUAAUCCGUUAAUGAAACUAUUCACACUAACCGACUCUGUUAUAUUAUCAUAUAUUACAGGAAUAGUAUACAGGAAGCUAACGGAUGCUAAGCUAACAAUCCAGAGGAUCUGAGUACUUCUCUGGUUGAAUGGAUCUUUUCGACGACCUUCCAGAACCGACACAGACUUCAGUUUCAGUCACAGCUCGAACACAGCAUACCACAGAAGAAGAAGAAGAAGAAGGAGAAGAAGAAGUGGAGAAACGAUUAAAAAGGAAACGAUGUGCGGCCGAUGAGAACGACGCGAUAAGGGAGGAGGUCAAGAAAGUUUUUAAAGAAGGCCUCCCCGUGCUGAGAGGAUAUGUGGCGUCGCGGCGAGGAGAACGAGACGAGAUGCAGGACGCUCACCUGCUGCUGCCGGACAUGAGCAGCUGUCUGCCAGGACACCUGUCUCGAGUUUCGUACUUCGCCGUGUUUGACGGUCACGGAGGAGCUCGAGCCUCUCGCUUCGCUGCGGAGAAUCUCCACCACAACCUGGCCAAGAACUUCCCCAGCGGAGAAACGGAGAACGUGGACCGGCUGAUAAAGAAAUGUCUCCUGGACACUUUCCGGCAGACGGACGAAGAUUUCCUGAAGAAAGCUUCCAGUCAGAAGCCGGCGUGGAAGGACGGCUCCACGGCGACCUGCGUCCUCCUGGUGGACGACACGGUGUACGUGGCCAACCUGGGAGACAGUCGGGCGGUGUUGUGUCGCAUGGAGUCUGCAGAGGAUCAGAGGAAGUGUGUGACUCUGUCUCUGAGUAAAGAACACAACCCGACCAUCUACGAGGAGAGGAUGAGGAUCCAGAGAGCGGGGGGCACCGUCAGGGACGGCAGGGUGCUGGGGGUCCUCGAGGUGUCUCGCUCUCUCGGGGACGGUCAGUAUAAACGCUGCGGGGUCAUCUCCUCCCCCGAGCUGCGGAGGCUACAGCUCACAGUCAAUGACAGGUUUAUCCUCCUGGCCUGUGACGGUCUGUUCAAAGUGUUUUCUGCUGACGAGGCGGUUCAAUUCGUCCUCACCGUGCUGCAG